CUAUUCAACACGAAUGCUUGAAUUGUUUAAAUGUUAACAAGGAAAGGAUUUUCUAUUCAACAAUAGGGUAUUCAAAUUAAUGCAAGUAAUUAAAAGCUUUGAACACCCAAAAAGGUAACAAGAUAACAGAAACAAGAAGACCAAUUGUAUCAAUGUCUAGAUAUUCAAUCUCAUCCGUUGAUCCUUUCACACAAACGCAAAUAUCACACUAAGACGUGACACUUGGCUUAAGGUACUGGAUAUGCUACUUGGAAUCGACCAGUAAUAUAAAUAGAGAUGAAAAUGCUACUUUGAAUUCUCAUCUUUCAUAAGCUUAGUUACCAUAUAUCUCGUCUUUAUUUGCAUUUUGACCUUCAAGGUAAAAUCUCUCUUACUGCUUUUGAGCCUUUGAAUCAUUCUGAAAAGUAUGCAUGGAUCAUCUACCCUCUCUCUGUUUUUGACUCUAAUUCAGUAAUUUGAUCUUAUGGGUUGUAUAAAAGUCUUCUCCUUUUCAACAUACAAUGCCAUUAUGACUUGAUUCUUAAACCUCUAGGCCAUAGUUCAGUCUUAUUCUGAAAAGUGUUUUGAUGUUUGUUUGCAAAAUCAGAUGAUGAGUACUUUUGGUUCUGAAAGUGUGCAUCUUUAUGAUGGAUCAUCUAGUCUAUCUCUGUUUCAGUAAUUUCAUCUUGUGGGUUGUGAAAAAGUCUUGUCCUUUUCAACAUACAAUGCCCUUAAGACUUGAUUCUUAAGCCUCUAAGGCCAUAGAUCUUCUCAGAUGUCAUCUUACAAGACAUGUAUAUGUUUAUCCUUAAAAUUAUUUUGAUGUUUGUUUGCAGCAUAAGAUGACGAGUGGUUUUGGUUUUGGUUUGGGAGACUCAAAUGGCUCGAAAAAACCUGUACGAAUCGUUGUAGUUGGUGAGACAGAAACUAGGAAAACAAGUUUGAUCAUGGCUGCAGUAACUGAUCAUUACUAUCCUGAACCUAACAUCCCUCCUAUGUUACCUUAUACAAAACUACCUUCUGAAUAUUGCUCUGAAGAUGUUCCGGUUACCCUUAUCGACACUUCUUCAAGACCAGAAGACAAGAGAGAUGUCAUUAGAGAAGUCAAGGAAGCAGAUGCAAUAGUUCUGACGUUUGCAAUAGAUAGACAAGAGACUUUGGACCGUUUAAGUGAAUAUUGGCUUCCUCUGUUCCGACAACUAGAGGUGAGAGUCCCUAUCGUAGUAGCAUGUUAUAGUGUUAUCAAAAACGAACAUAAUCCGGUCAACAUUGAAGAAAUAACGUUACCUAUAAGGCAACAAUGUCAAGAGAUAGAGAUAUGCAUUGAGUGCAUUUCAACCUUUUACUAUACUUCAUGUCUGAAAACGACCAAACUGAUUUUUGUGCAGGCUCAAGCGGUUUUUGUGCAAGCGCAAAUAUCGGCUAUGUACCCAAUAGGACCAGUGUAUGAUCGAGUAACCAAUUCACUGAAGCCUCGCUGUGUUGCUGCCUUAAAACGUAUAUUUGAUCUAUAUGCGCGUAACAAUGAUUACAUUCUCAGUGAUGACGGGUUAAGCGAUAUGAAUGUUCGUAGCUUUGGUAUACCAGUGAUGCCUUCUCGUAGUAGAGAAUUAAUAAAAUCUGUUCAAGAACUGUGUCCACUAGGAGUCAAAGAGAACGGACUCACAAUAGAUGGCUUCUUGGUUCUAAUCACAAAGCUUAUCAACGAUAGAAAACUCAGAACGUUAUGGACUAUUCUUAGGACACUAGGAUAUAACAAUGAUUUAAGACUUGUACAUGAGAUGAUUCCUUAUUCAUCAUUCAAACGCAUGCCUGAUCAGAGUGUUGAGCUGACAGAUCAAGCUAUUGGAUCCUUAAAGAGAGCCUAUCACCGUUUCGAUAAGUUGGGACCUCAAAUGAUGGAAUCUCUCUUUGAAACUGCACCUGAAAGUCCUUGGAAUGGAGCUCCUUAUAAAGAUGCUACAGAGAAAACUAGCAAUGGAGGAUUAUCACUUGAAGCUUUCCUCUCACUGUGGUCAUUGAUGACACUACUAGAUCCGGCUAGGAGUCUUGAAUAUUUCAUUUGCAUUUGUCACCCUGAUGAUCCAUCUUCAGCAGUUCAUGUUACUAGGAGGAGAGAGCUAGACCGCAAGGAGCAAACAUCUGUAAGAAAAGUUGUUCAGUGUUUUGUCUUUGGACCUAAGAAUGCUGGAAAGUCUGCACUGCUCAAUGGAUUUAUUGGAAGGCCAUAUGAUGAUGACAAUAGAGAUGGAUUAGGUGAGGAGCGUUAUGCUGUUAAUAUGGUUGGGAACUCUGGUGUAACUGGAGGUACAAAGAAAACUCUGGUGAUGAAGGAGAUUCAAUAUCAAGAAGAUGGAUUCCUAUUAUCAGAUGAAGCAUUGGCUUCUUGUGAUGUAGCAGUCUUUGUUUAUGAUUCUUCUGAUGAGUCUUCUUGGAAGAGAGCCAUUUAUAUGGUUUCUGAGGUUGCAACAAUUAGUGAAGACGCAGGGUUUGUGUUUCCUUGUCUAAUGGUUGCAGCUAAAAUGGAUCUUGACUCAUUCCCAAUGGCAAUUCAAGAAUCCACUAGGGCUACACAAGAGAUAGGGAUUGAAGCUCCAAUACCAAUCAGUUCCAAACUUGGAAAUGUCGAUAACUUGUUUCACAAGAUACUAACAGCGGCUGAGCAUCCUCAUUUGUGUAUUCCAAAGAUUGAGUCAAAGAGGAAAAGGGUCCUCAAGCUAAUCAAUUCUUGGAUUCCAGAAUGUUGGGUCAAAUGCUUCUGUAUUUCAUCAUAAUAUGUAUGGAUUCAUAGUUGGACAGCUGCUAAAGAAAGAUUCAAAACUGUAUUGGAGAGAUUGUGUGUUUAAGUUAUUUGUUCAUGGAUGCUUUGUUUAAGAAUUAAAGGAUUGUUUUCUAUAAAUUUCAUUUUGUUUACUCUCAAUAAUUACCAGUAGAAGUCAGAAUUAAAGAACAAAAUGAAGGAAAGAUCUAAAGACGUAACUACACAGCUUUGUACCACAAAAAAAAAAAAAGAAUUGUAUAAAAAGACCAAAACCUAACUCUAAAGUUUCACAACUUCACUCACUUGAACAAGAAACAGAACUAGAGCCAUAGCUAAUAGCCUCCAAACUAGAAU